GAGAGCGGGAAAGAACGUCUUAAAAAAAGAUCAAUGGAAUUGGAUAAAAGAUCGAAGGAAAUGGAUAAAAGAGCGGAGGAACUGGACAAAAGGGAGAAAGAACUGGAAAGAAGGGAGAAGGAACUGAAGAAGGCUGGAGGAAUGAGUCUUUUGCGACGCAACAGUGGAGAAUCAGAGGCACCUAACAAUUGCGGUUGCUGGUAUAAUCAAACGGGAGAUGAGCCUGAUGCGGAACCAUGUUCCUUCUUCUGUCAGAACACAGGUUGUGCUUCGAUUCGCAGUCCCUCUACAGGAUCCAUUCUCACCAAACUGCUCUGUUGCUGUUGACCAGUUGGUCUGUGACUGGUGCUGGAGUUUGGAUUUACCGAUCGCCUCUCUCUCUGCAUUGUUUUGUUGCCGUGAACAUCUGCCUGUUUCCAAUUGUGAGUUAGGAUUUGCUUGUUGGUUCUGUUUGCCCCUCGCCUGACCAUCCUGACACUGAUUCCCGUCUCACGAUCCGGAUUUGAUUUUGAUUUUUCCUGGACUCUGCCUGAUCAUUCUCCUCUCAACCGUCCAAAACCUGAUUUGCUGCUGUGAGGCUUGCACUGUCUUCAUUAUUAUGCUUCAGUAAAUUGUAUCAUCAAACAAUAUGGU